UCAUGUGCUCACGCAAAACCUUAAUGUGCAGAUUUUUUUUUUAAAGUUUAGUUUCAUGUGCUCACGUGAAACUUUCAUGUGCUCACGUGAAACCCAUUUCGCGCUGUUAUGAACACUCAGCGGCACCGCAGCAACGAUGGCGGCUAAAGAUGAGUUGGAAACGUUCCUUAGAAGUCGAAAUAUACCAGACAAUGUGAUAGUUAAACUGAAAGAUGAUAAGAUCGACAUGAAUGUCAUAGAUUUAAUGGCGGAUGAAGAGCUGGGUCAAUAUAUUGAUAGAUAUGGAGACCGACUUGCUCUACGAGCAUUUUGUCGGCAAAGAACUUUGAAGAACAACAGUGGGACAGUGAAGUCAGCUCUGAUGCACAGGGUUCGAGAAAAAAUAGAAGGAAGAACCUCCACCAACAGCGACACAGCUGUGGGUAGACCUAUCGGCAAUAAAUAUGCCGUGAAAGACACUCGGCGGGUCGAAAUGGGAUGGCUUCACAUUCAGAAGGGUGAGUGUCACCAGGUCCGAACCAAAGGUGGAGGUGGAACACGCCACCUGUCUGUGCAGAAAACAGUAACUGUGGCAGAGCUGCUAGAGAUAGGCAAAGAUUUAUUCUUCCCAGAAGGACACUCUUCCAAAGGACCUAUUGGUAAUUUCGAUUUUGACAUUCGUGAUUUCAGCCAGAAGUCACUACCUCUUGAUUGCACCAUAAACCAGCUGUAUGAGAAGACCAAGCUGCGAAUGCUUCGUAUUUACACAUGCUCCUGGGAUAAAAACACCCCAAUCAUUCUCUCUGAUGCAUCUUCAGACUUUGAGCCCACCGAUGCGAGGCCAGUGAAGGUAGGAACAUUUCUCUUCAACUCGGUCUGUUUAAAAGCAUAUUGUGGCAAGCAUUAAACACAAAAUGGAGGACAUGGAAUUGAAUUGAAUGAAAACUUGAUUUAUGUCUCUGGGUAUGUCUGUGUUUAUGCACUAUUAGACACUAUUAGACAACUACAGCCAUGUAUGUAAACGGCGGACCCCUUUUCAACCAAUGAAUGUAUAUUCAAUAAAUCAUAUAGGUGGAUGAGCUCACUGAGCUGCCACAAAAUAUAUGAAAAUAUCCCCUGUAGGCCUGUGUCG